AUGACAAGACGAGGAAACUUGAAUGUAGUGGAGGAGUUGUACAAUCAAAUUCCAGCAUUCACAGAUGUAUUCUCCGAAGAUAGUUUCUAUGUAUUUGUCGUGUUCUUUGUUAUGUCAACAAUUCUUGUUGCUUUCAUAUUAUCUCGAUUCAUUACAAUUAAGCCAGUAGACUAAUUACUAUUAUGUUAGACUGAAAUAAAGGAAUUAAUGAGAA